AUCAACGAACAUAUCGCAGGCGAACCAGCGCAUGCGUAUUACGGUUUGGGGGCAGUUACAAGGAAGUAGAGAAGGUUGGAGGUAACGUUUGUAAGUACUGCUACGCUGUUGUUUUGGCUCAAGCUUUACAAUGGCCAUAGACUGGAUUGGGUUCGGCUAUGCUGCAGCCAUUGCCUUCGGAGGAUUUAUGGGAUACAAGAAAAAAGGCAGUGUGAUGUCCCUGGUGGCUGGCUUAGUUUUUGGAGGAUUAGCUGCUUAUGGUGCCUACAACAUGUCUAUUGACCCAAGGAACAUCAAGUUCUCACUGUUGUCCUCAGCAGUCCUCUCAGUCGUGAUGGGAAUGAGAUACAAGAAAUCUGGAAAGCUGCUGCCAGCUGGCAUUGUGACAGGGCUGAGUUUGUUGAUGGUGUUUCGGCUGCUGCUCCUGUUCGUCAUGUGACUGCAGGGACAAGACUGACCAAACAGAGAGCUUUUUGUCUGACUCUCCGUGACCAAGCCUUUUUAAAAAGCGUGUUAGCAUGAAAACAAGCCUCGCAGAUGUUACCAGUGAGUGUAAACCUAAUGCAGUAAAUCUCUUUGAUGAA